GAGCAAGCACUUUUCGAACGCGAGCUUCCAAAAAUAGAAAGAAAAAAAAAAAUCCUCAGCAGAACCGGCGCCAAUUCCAAACUUAAAAACCCCCCAUCCAUCUCCCCGAAGCCUACAAAUCCACAAACCCUAGAGAUUAGAAACCCUAAUGGAGCCCGGUAGCAGAAACCUCGGGAAGCGAGAACGGGGGCCGUUCGAUCCUCGAGCAGCUCCGGUCGAGGCUGAAGGAGGAGGAGGAGGAGGAGAAGGGCCCCGCUGGGACCCUGGAGACGGUGAAGAUCUAUGAUGAGUUUUUGGUUGAGUUGGUUUAUAAUUCGAAGCCGGUGAUCGCUGAUCUCAGCCUUAUUGCGGGCGAUUUGAGGGAGAAGCACGCGGCGGGGAUGGCCAAGGUGAUGUGCUACCGGAUUCUCAAGGUACUUCAACUUGAUGUGAAUACAACGUUGGCAUGGAGAUUGAGAUCUAGAUUGUCUCAAAUCCCGUGAACGUUUUGGUUUUUGGUUGAUGUGAAUACUGCGCUGGCAUGAAGAUUGAGAUCUAGGUUGUCUCAAAACCCUGGAACAAGUUGGCUUCUGGUUGAUGUGAAUAUCAUAUCGGCAUGAAGAUUGAGAUCUAGACUGUCUCAAAUCCCUAAAACAUGUCGGUUUCUGGUUUUGUUGUACAGAAACCUUGAUUCCUAAGCACAGAGGACAAGAUGAACGACUAACAGGUCACGCAGUAACCUUUUUGCAUGCCUUUACAUCUGCAACCAAAGGUACCAAACAUGUAAGUUCUCCAAUGUCUAGACACAAGGACACGAUUGUAUAAAGGUUUACUGUAACUGUACAUAUAUCGUCAUUUACUUUAUUAUGGCUAAGUUUCUGCUUUGCGGAAAAAAAUACAAAAUAAUUGUAUAAAACAUGUGAAAGUUAUAUUUUUUUGUUAGAAAAGACCGUCGAAGUCGUGUUUUGCAUGUAAUAUAAUAGAUAAGGGAAAAAUAAUAAUAUAUUUAAUAUAAAACAAGGUAAGAAUUCAGGUAGGAUACAACAAAAUAUAAGUCAAAUCAUGACUAAUAUUUCCAUGUGUUCAUAAGAAACCAAUUAUUAUCACUUUUGUUAGGUUAUUUAAAAUUCAAAUGUAUUCCAUUGAGUUUAAUUGUGUUUGUAUUAUGUCAAUGAGGUACUGUUUAUCAUCUUCAUAUCUAACUUUUGGGUGAUUCUUUUAUGUGUAGGUGCUUGAUUAUCUUUCUACAAGUGAAAAGUCUUUAACAUCUUACUAUAUGCUGGUAAUCAAUUAAGAUCAAUGUUGAUCAAUUAAUUCCUCUGGAUAUUUUGGGUGGUUCUUUUAUGCGUAGGUGCUUGAUUAUUCGAAAUUUUAAAUGUAUACAACUGAGUUUCAUUGUGUUUUUUAUUAUGUCGAUGAGGUACCGUAUCAUCCUCAUAUCUAACGUUUGGCUGGUUCUUUUAUGUGUAGGUGCUUGAUUAUCUUUCUAAAAGUUGAAAUUCUUUAACAUUUUAUUAUAUGCCAGUUAUCAAUUAAGAUCGCUGUCAAUCAUUUAACUCCGCUGUGCUGAAUAUUAAUUGCGCUGAAUAUGUGAAGUGCUGUGUGCCAAAUUAUCUGGUAUGAAUAGCUAAACCCUUUUCCCAGGUUCAGCUUGACAUACUUACCAGCUUAAGAUAAUGCACAUACAUUUAACGGUACAUCAGUGGUGAAGUUUAUUUGUCUAUCUGUUCGUUGUUUCUGUUUUCUUUCCCUUGUUCUCUCUUAAAUGUUACUUUUGCAGCGACAAAUUCACCAUAGCAAUGAAUCAAUGCCACACUCAAGGUCAUGGAAUGGCUCUUACGACAGAUCAAAAUAGUUUCGUGAUUACUGCAAUGUCUUUGAGUUAUUUGACUUGAGAUGUCCACCUUUUAUAGUUUCUCUUUUUUAGCAGGGAGUGUUACAAACCGUGGGCAGAGCCUUCUCUCUAGGGAACAGAUGCUGCAGUUAACAGAGACGCACCCCUCCACCCCCAAACCCACCUCCCAAAACAAAAGGUAUGAAAUAUAUGAUGGUGUGUGAGCAUGUGGACGGGUGUAUACGCAGUGAAAAGAUGAACAUUAAGCCACAUUAUUGACGGAAUUGACGUUAGCAAAGUUGAAGGAAAGAAUUGAAAUAUACAAUGAAAAGGUCCCUUGAGCCUCUUUUCUUAGUUGCACGCAAUUCUUUUGGUCAUGGAAGCUUCAACAACCACUCCCAUGAGCAAAGCUCUCUUCUCUAAUGGAGAGCUUUCGGCUCGCUAUCUCAGCCUCGGGCGAGGAGGAAAGUGGAUGGACCAUCUACUUUGACGACUUCUUUGCCCAACAGGAGGAGGAGUUAGAAGAUAAUUGCACUAUUUCAAACAGUGAUAUUAAUAACGGUGGCUCUUCUAUGAUAUCUGAUGCUGCUUCUUGUGUUCCAUGGAAGUUUCCGGCGACCACCCAGGGCCAGAACAAGCUUAGCUUCAAGAAGAGGAAGGGAAGAAGAGUGUUGAAUGAAGAUCCUUUGGAAGACACUGCUAGUUCUCCUGUAAAUAGCCCAAAGGUCAGCGAAAUGGAUCAAUCGAUCGGCUUGAACCAAAGGAAGAAAGAUGAGAAUAGUUACAUCUCUCAGGAGAAGGACAUCGAUGGUUUCGAGAGUUGCUCAGGGCAGAGGAGGGAUGGGAUGGAUGGAUGCGGCGUUGUUGAUGGCGCAGACCAGUGUACAGAGCUCAAGGAGAGAGGGCUUUGCUUGGUUCCUCUAUCGAUGUUAGUUGAUUAUCUCGGAUAAGUUUAAUGUAUCCAAGAAAAAAUGAUCAAUCAUUUUAGAAUAUGUAAACAAAUAUAUAUAUGUAUGUAUGUGUGUGUGUAUAUUAGGGGUGUGCAA